CCGGCCAGAGGGGGUCGCGGCCGCCCGAGGAGGUUGCAGAGGAGGCGCAGAAGAAGGAGUGGCCGGGUGGGGGAGGCGGCGCAAGGGGCAGUAGAGCUGCCCCCACGGGGGUCCGUGCCGCGUUGGACCCAGCCCGGUUUGUGAAGAGUUUUUCUGGGCGUCUCGGCGUUUGGGGUUAAAUCGCGGUUCUGCUCCGUGUUCUUCGCGCCCUUCGGAAGAUGCCGGGCCUCGUGGUAUUCGGGCGUCGCUGGGGGAUUGCGAGCGAUGACCUGGGACCGCCGACAGCUGUGGAGUUCGUGCUCCGUGCCGCGUGGUUAUCGGUGGCGGCCGCUCUGCUGUCGGCGCACAGCGGGCAUCUCGAGUGCCCCGGCGGGCCCCUGCUGUGCAUCUACCUCAUCGGUGUGCUGGCGCUGCUGUGCGCCACCCUCGCCACCCUGGCCUCCAUCGUGGCACUGAGCAUGCAGGGCACCAUCAGCCGGCCCGGCCCGCGGCGCCACAUGCCGGCGCUGGUGUACGUGCGCGCGUUCUUGUACGUGCCCGAGCUGGUGUGGGUGGCGCUGGGAACGUACUGGGUGUGGGACGGCAGCCCGGGCUGCGAACGCCCCGUCGUGCACGCUGUGCUGGGCACCGUCGUCACCAACUGGGUGAUCCUGCUGGGGACCGUGGUGGCCGUCCUCAUCACGUUUGACCCCCUGGGAUCUCGGCGCUCGGUGGCUCCUGUGGAGGGUGCGGACGUAGUGGAUGGAGCAGGCACGGCGGGCCCCAGCGGGAGGGCGACUGGGGUGUGGGAGCGCCGCAUGCGUCUCUUCUGCUGCUGUGUGCGCCGCGAUGAAUCGAGCCACGUUGCCUUCACCGACGUCGCCCGCAUCUUAAGUGAAUUCUUUGCGGACACGGAUCUUGUUGGGAGUGACGUGGCGGCGGGGCUCACGCUGCUGCACAGGAAACAGAAGCGCGACGACCAUGAGCGGCAGCACAACGUCCAGACUCGGACGCCCUCCCCCAGCACGGAGACGGCGGCGCCAGUGGCUGAGCUGGCGCAGGAGCUGCCCCUCGCUGCCCACUACAUGCGCUUCGCUGCUGCCUCGUACGGGUGGCCACUGUUCGUGUACAGCCACCCCUUCUCCGGGCUUUGCCACCUCUGCCCAGCCUGCAGCUGCUGCUGCUGCCCCCGCCAGGGUUCGGGCUUCGCGCUCAUCGGCGGGGAGCCCCCGCCGUGCCACGUGCGCGCCAUGCGGCGAACCACCGACCUGCAGGACUGCGACUUCAUUUUCGUGUCCUACCACAACAGGGUGUAUGAGGUCCCGUUCUACGUGGCCCUGGACCACGCCACCGGCUCCAUCGUCGUGAGCGUCCGUGGCACCAUGUCGCUCCGGGACGUGCUCACAGACCUCACCGCCGACUGUGAGAACCUCGAGGUGGAAGGCGUCAGUCCACGCGACUGCUUCGCGCACAAGGGCAUGGUCCAGGCAGCGCGCUACGUCUACGGCCGACUCGUGAACGACGGGAUUCUGGUGGGGGCGUUGGGCAUCGUGCCGGAGUACCGUGUGGUGGUGACGGGGCACAGCCUGGGCGCUGGCACGGCCGCCAUACUCGCGCUGCUGCUGAAGCCGUCGUACCCCUCGCUGCGCUGCUACGCGUUCUCCCCUCCUGGCGGCCUGCUCAGCAAGGCUCUGUCCAAGCACGCUCAGCAGUUCAUCAUUUCAGUGGUGCUUGGUUUGGACCUGGUGCCGAGGCUGAGCCUGGCCAACAUGGACGACCUAAAGGAGAACAUCCUCACCAUGAUCCUGACCAGCGACCAGCCCAAGUACAAGAUCCUGCUGUGCGCCUGUUGCCAUGGGAGCAGCGUGGGGUGCGCAGGGGACGAUGACGACAUGCCUACGUCCCCAACGUCCCCGCCGCACGGCGAGGCCACUGUUCAUGAUGGCCACUCUCCACCUGGGCCCUCCCAGCCACUGCUGUCCGGAGGGAGUGAGCGCCGGGCGUCUUACCGCUCGCUCGACUCGACGCCGGUACAGAUCCCAACGGCCGCGGCCGCCGCCACCCAGCGACCCCUGCUCUUCCUGCCGGGGAGGGUGGUGCACAUAACCAAGACACCGGCCAGGGACAGAACGUGGGACGGACCCCGGUUCCAGGUGAACUGGUCCCACGCCUCGGCCUUCACAACAAUCCGGAUCAGCCCUCGAAUGCUUCCGGACCACAUGCCGGGGGCCUUGUUGAACGCCCUUGCCGAGCUCGCCCCUCCUCCAGAGCGGCACGAUGGCGUCCACCCUGGCACCACCCCCGGGCCUACCCCGGGGGUGCCCGGCAGGGAGCAGGCGGAGCCAGUGCUUGCUUGAAGCAGUGUUCCGAUUACUUCCACGCCCGCCAAAGGCACAAAUCUGAAACCAACGCUCGUGAAUUUGUGUGCUCCGCGUUGGAAGCUCAGGUCAGUAUUUGCCUGGGAGGUUUGCCGUCGCUAUGAGCCUUGAGACCGGCAACUCCAACGGAAUCCUCAGCACCACCCAAGGAGGGGUGGGGGGGGGGGGGGCACAUCUGGCACCAUCCUGGGUGCUGCCACCCUGGCUCUCUCAAUUCUCGGCGGGUGUGAAUGUGUUGUCACGGCGGAUGGUGACCCGUGCCCAAGGAUGAACUGGUUGUCCUGUCGUACCAAGCUGCUGCUCCAAUUGUGUCACGAGAGAUGGGUAUUUUAGUGAGGCCAGAGGCUCACACCGGCAGCGGCAACUUGGACAACUGCUAAUUGCACUUUAAACUAAUGGGAAAAAAAAAGCGGGAAAGCAGCUUCAGAAUGCUGCUGGCCAGGCCCAUUAGCCAAGUAUUGGUGAUGAAGGCUUCUUUAUUCACUCACUGACACAGCAGCUGCUCCUGCCUAAAAGAGCAGUCUUUGCGGCAGUCUCGAGCGCACACCAAUCAAAGCGAUCUCCCUGCCAAGCGUGCUUCUCCGCAACCUGGAACUUAACCCACUGAGGGGAGGAGACGGUCCGUUAUCCCAAACAUGCGAAGAGCCCGAGGCGUGCAGGGCGAUGACCGUCAAAACCGGCGACACGCACGAAUGCCUGCUCCGUCACGCCUGCACUUUUUCAUCGUUUUUAAUUAUCAGAUUGGCACAGCGAGCGGUGACGCCGCCAAGAUCAAUCCCCAUCCUGCCAAACGAGAUUUUUAUUUUUUGCGUUUUUUUAAUGCAGCCUGGUGGUCACUACCAUUUGUCCGGAUGAGCUCCCGUGCUGGAUCGGGAGCCACGGCUAGCCCAACUCCGUGCCGAGUGGUUGCGUGGUAAUUCGUGCCGUGCCUCGUUUUGUUGAGUUUCUUUCCUGCAAGUGUGCAGUUGCUUUCUAUUGCAGAGAGAUUUACUUUUGUAAUCUAAAGUAAGUUAUGAAACAAAAUAUGCUAACAGCAUCUCUUGUAACAAUAAAUGCGUUUUCAGGUCUCGUUUAA